UCGGGGUGACAUCAAGAUCACGGUCCACUUAGACGGGACGCAUUUGCAAAUCAAAGUGUUUGCAAAUAGGAGAGCGGGGGCCUCGCCUCGCCGCCGCUUUGGCCGCUCGUCAAGUGUCGUGUCGCGACUUGUUGCUGGGACCCGCUUGCGGGCUGACGGCGGGUGCAGUGAGUGCGCCGCGGACUUGGUGUCCCAUGGACGCUGCCAGGACCGCGCUGCUGUUGUGCCUGCUGGAGGUGUGCGCAGGCGUAAACCCCUGCUGUUAUUGGCCCUGCCAGAAUAAAGGAGUGUGCGUUAAUGUUGGCCUGGAAGGUUAUGAAUGUGACUGCACACACACCGGCUAUCAUGGAGUUAACUGCACGAUGCCUUACUUCUGGACCAGCGUUUACACUUUCUUGAAACCAAGCCCUGCUUUCUCGCAUUAUCUGCUGACACAUUAUAAAUGGCUGUGGGAUAUUAUAAAUAAGAUUUCAUUCCUCAGUGACAACUUGAUGCGUCUGGUUUUAACAGUGCGGUCGAACCUGAUCCCCAGCCCUCCAACCUACAACUCCGACUACAAUUACCUGACCUGGGAGGGUUAUGCCAACGUGAGUUACUUCACCCGCUUACUUCCGCCUGUGCCAAAGGACUGCCCGACUCCCGCUGGAACUAAAGGGUACAAGACGCGGCCAAAUGCAACAGAAUUAGCCAAGGAGUUCUUGCUGAGACGCACGUUCAUUCCAGAUCCCCAGCGCACAAACUUGAUGUUUGCUUUCUUCGCUCAACAUUUCACGCAUCAGUUCUUCAGAACCGACUUCGAUCGAGGGCCGGGGUUUACCAAAGCUCUGGGACACGGGGUGGACCUGAGCCAUGUUUACGGAGACUGUCUGGAGCGGCAGCAACACCUGAGGCUUUUCAAGGACGGAAAGCUCAAGUAUCAGGUGGUGAAUGGAGAGAUAUACCCGCCGUCGGUGAAUGACACACCCAUCAAGAUGAAGUAUCUGAGUUCUGUCCCAGUAGACAAGCAGCUUGCCAUUGGCCACGAGUUAUUUGGGCUGGUGCCCGGGCUGAUGAUGUACGCCACACUCUGGCUGCGCGAACACAACCGUGUCUGCAACAUCCUGAAAGAAGAACAUCCGACUUGGAGUGACGAGCAGCUGUUCCAGACCACCAGGCUCAUCCUUAUAGGGGAAACCAUUAAAAUAGUGAUCGAGGACUACGUGCAGCACCUGAGCGGUUACCACUUCAAGAUGAAGUUUAAGCCAGAGCUCCUGUUUAAGGAGCAGUUCCAGUACAGAAACCGGAUUGCCCUGGAGUUUAGCCACCUAUACCACUGGCACCCACUCAUGCCCGACUCCUUCAAGGUUAACAAUCAUGACUACAAGUAUGAAGACUUCCUCUUCAAACCGGAGAUCUUGCUGGACCUUGGAGUCGACACUUUACUGGAAUCGUUCACGGCGCAGAUCGCAGGCCGGAUUGGUGGAGGGCGAAACAUAAAUGGAAAUAUUCUGCACGUGGCCAUCUCAGUCAUCGAGCACGGCAGGCAGCUGAGGCUGCAGCCAUUCAACGAAUACCGCAAGUGGUUCGGUCUGACUCCCUACAAAUCCUUCCAGGAGCUCACAGGUGAAACAGAAAUUGCAGCUCGACUGGAGAAACUGUAUGGACACAUCGACGCCAUGGAAUUAUAUCCUGCAUUGCUCCUGGAGACUCCGUACGAGAAUGGCAUUUUUGGAGAAAGCAUCGUGGAAAUGGGAGCUCCCUUCUCCCUCAAAGGUCUCCUGGGAAACCCAAUCUGUUCUCCCCAUUAUUGGAAGCCAAGUACGUUUGGUGGGCAAACAGGGUUUGACAUUAUUAACACUGCCACACUUCAAAAACUGGUUUGCCUCAAUACCAAGAGGUGCCCAAGCGUGGCUUUCCACACACCCGACAACCUGGGCCACGAGUCCAACGAAGGCAGGGAGAGGCCAAAGACUGAGUUCUAAUCAAUCACGAACACACUGGGGCUGGCCAGAUUUAUUGGCUGCCUUUUACUUUGGUUCCCUGUAAUCCUAGCUUCAACAGGGAUGUUGACCAGGUCAUGAAAUAAUUUUCUUUGGAUCUGGAUUAGGUUUUAACAAGAAUACAAUGCCAUCCUGCAGUUUAUUACAAAAGUAUAAUUGGAAUUCAUUGAGGACAUUUCACCCAGAUUGGCACCAUCCAGUUAGCUGGCUUCUCUCCGAUGCACUCUUUCAAUUGGACACUCCAGACCCUGGUGGUGGGAUAAUCGCAUCCACUCGGCACAAGAACAGUCCAACUUCCAAAUUCACUAGAUCCAUUCUUUUCACAUCUGGCAAAUGCAGAUGUUGGGUUCUCUGAACAUCCAUCCACUCUACCCAGGAACUAAGUGGAUUCAAGAUCCUUAGGUCAACAGUAAAGCUUUCAAAAUCCAAAGAAGAAGAUUUAGACUUUAUUGUGUCCAAAUAAAAACAAGCGCAGUUUCUUUGCUCAUCCAGAGACAAUUGCCCACAAUUUCUGCAUAUCUCCCACCAACAGUGCCUCCAUUGUACACGGUCAAUAAAUUAGUGGUGUUUGUCUCA